CCGUUUCCAUCACGGCCACACGGACACUGGAGUGCUCUAUCAUCACUUCGAGAAGGUUGACGUGACUUCUGGCUCCUAGAGGAACCCUGGGGUUAUUUAGAAGUUUAUCCAAGCAGUCAACCCACCCAGUAACACGCUGUGGCCCUUCGCACUCUACAGCAUCCAGCCCCCUUCUGUGUGGAUUCUCUCCCUUACUUUUUCCACCCUGAGGUACCCUACUUUGGUGAAAAGUGCAGGCCUCACUCUCCUGCAUAAUGACUGUGGUCACUGGCGACCCCUCGGACGAAUCAGCAGCACACCCUGGCCUUCCUCAGGACUACGACCCCGGGGCAGAACAGGAGUGCUGCGAGAGAGUGGUCAUCAAUAUCUCGGGUCUAAGAUUUGAGACUCAACUCAAGACCCUCUCGCAAUUCCCAGAUACAUUACUAGGAGACCCCAAGAAGCGGAUGAGGUACUUUGACCCACUACGGAAUGAGUAUUUUUUUGACAGAAACCGACCCAGCUUUGAUGCCAUCCUCUACUACUACCAAUCUGGAGGCAGGUUGCGGCGACCCGCCAAUGUCACAUUAGAUGUCUUCUCGGAGGAGAUCAGGUUCUAUCAGCUUGGAGAAGAAGCCAUUGAGAUAUUCAGGGAGGAUGAGGGAUUUAUCAAGGAAGAGGAACGGCCAUUGCCUGACAAUGAGUUUCAGAAGCAGGUCUGGUUGUUGUUCGAGUACCCCGAAAGUUCUGGGCCUGCCAGGAUUAUAGCGAUUAUAUCCGUUAUGGUGAUCCUCAUCUCCAUCGUCAGCUUCUGCCUAGAAACCUUGCCUAUCUUUCACAGCGACGAGGAGGAGGUGCUAAAAGACCCCAUUGCUGUCACCAACACCACAACCACUUACACAUCCACCUACUUUACAGAUCCAUUCUUCAUUCUAGAGACGCUUUGCAUCAUCUGGUUCUCCUUCGAGUUCUUGGUUCGCUUCUUUGCGUGCCCGAGUAAAGCCAGCUUUUUUGUGAACAUAAUGAACAUGAUUGACGUGGUGGCCAUCAUCCCCUACUUCAUCACAUUAGGAACAGAACUGGCGGAGAAGGCAGAUGAUGUGCAGCAAGGGCAACAAGCCAUGUCUCUUGCGAUUCUGAGGGUCAUCAGACUUGUACGAGUCUUCAGGAUCUUCAAACUCUCCCGUCACUCCAAGGGACUUCAGAUUCUGGGCCAGACCCUCAAGGCCAGCAUGAGAGAAUUAGGCUUGCUCAUCUUCUUCCUAUUUAUCGGAGUUAUCCUCUUUUCCAGCGCUGUCUACUUUGCCGAGGCGGACGAACCUGAGUCACAGUUCUACAGCAUUCCCGACGCUUUCUGGUGGGCUGUGGUUACAAUGACAACUGUUGGCUAUGGAGAUAUGGUGCCCACAACCAUCGGAGGUAAGAUUGUGGGGUCCCUCUGUGCCAUAGCUGGCGUGCUGACCAUCGCCUUGCCCGUGCCUGUCAUUGUCUCAAACUUCAACUACUUCUACCACCGUGAGACAGAAGGUGAAGAGCAGGCACAGUAUCUGCAGGUCAACGUCUCCAAAUCCGAUUCUCAAGAAGAGUUGAAGGGCAGUCGAAGUGGAUCUACCAUCAGCAAGUCAGACUACAUGGAGAUCCAAGAAGGUGUAAAUAACAGCAAUGAUGACUUUCGAAGAGACGAGGAGAACCACAAGACAGAAAACUGCACUCUAGCCAAUACAAAUUAUGUUAAUAUAAAAAAAAUGCUGACAGAUGUGUAGUCAUUGGGGAGAAGCAGAGUGUCCGAACUGAAUUAUUAAAAGACUUCUUCAGAUUGUCUACUUUCUGAAGCCAUUAAGCCAUGCCUAAAAAAGGAUUGUGAGGUCAGAGCGCCUCAGUUGUUGACAUUAGAUUUCUGAUCUCUCUCCCAUUUCUCAUCGAAAGUCCAAUCCAACAUCUUAGGUCUGUCCACAAUUCAAGUAUUUAUCAAUGUUUGCAUGUAAUUGUCUCUGUCUCAUCAAACACCUAAUCCAGAGAAAGAGCAAAGUAUUCAUAUGAAAUAAGAGGAGGAUUAAUCUUUCUUAAAAUUACAGAAUAAUUGACAGCACAUAGGUAUCUAUAGAUAUCAAUCAAGCAUCUUAAUCUACAAGACAAGCUUCGCCAAAGAAAUGUAAUUUGUGUGCUUCAUCUGCUGUUAAAAUAUUUAGUCACAUUAAAUAUAUGAUUCAAGGAACAUUUAGUACAACCAAGAUUAAUCAUAGAAACGUUCAUUCUGCUGCUCCUUGUUGAAAAAAACGCUAAGUUUUGCAUUAUUUUUGAAUGUUUGCAAUUAUCAUCAUACUGAAAAUGUCAUUGAAAACUGCCUGCUUCUGUGUUGUACUGUAUUCAAAAUAUGUAUGUCUGGGAAACACUUGCACAUAUUCCUUCACAAAAGUCUUACUGCAAAGCUUUUGUAGACAAACUGAAUGUCUCUACAUGUCAUAUUUUAUAUCAUUUACAAUCUGUUGUGUCCUAACCAUUUUAUUUUGGCUUAAGCCAUGUCCACACUAAUAUGUUUUCGAUUGAAAACAACUAUUUUGCUGCAUUUAUGCCUCUCGUCCAUACUGUAAAUGUAUUUUCCUCCACCAAAAACUGAAACUUUCAAAAACGCUUUCCAAUACUACAUGGAACACUAUGAAGUUAGGAAACUCUAAACAAAUUUUUCAGCCAAAACGUUUUAAGCCCGAAACAUAACCUAUGCAAAUAUGUGAACGCAGACGCUUCUAACUAUGUGAGAGCGAUUUUAUUAAUUGUGUUCCAAUUACAUCAUACCGCAAUUCAAAACUCAGCACAAGUAUGCGUUGCACUCGUGACGUUGCAACAAGGGGCGUUAUAUCGUAUAUUAGAGUGAACUGUACAGGACAUGUUAAAAGAAAUAUGUACAAAAUAACACCCACAGAAAACGAAUUGCUUAAUGUACUUAUUGUAAAUGCAUGCUUUCCAGUGUAUAUUCCAUUGUUUCUGCCAUAAGCUGCAGAGAUAGACCGAAAUGUAGUUGAUAUUCAAAUUAAUAUUCAAAUACAGCCAAAUGAGCCAUAUUGUAGUUCACACUGUAAUGUCCCCAAGCAAAUUGUUAGCUUACCUAUACACUAGAGUUGUAGCAACCAUGUCAGAUUAUUUUAAAUCACUGGCUUUGCUUUUCGGCUUUGUUUAUCCUCUUGAAAUCCUUUUCAGAUGUUAGAACAAUGUUGGUGGAGCUUGUUGGAUAUUACAUCUCCUUUUUACUGCAUUUGAUCGAGAAAGGCACAGAUGUUAUAGUAUUGCAUGACCACAAUCCAAUUGUGGCAUGGAUUUUCUGCUCAAGAGAUGGUGAAAUUCAGAAUAGCUAAUAGAUAUUAUGACAAUAUGCCUAGAUCUGUAUAUAUUUACCUAUGUAUUUUUAUCUGCAUAAUUUUAUUGUGAUCCAAAGGGUGCUGCUUUCAGUUUUCAGUUUCAUAGGGACAGAAAGAUACAAUAUACAUUUAGUGUUCGAUUUGGAAGUAAAGUAUAGCAUUAUAUGGCUAUAGUAAUCUUGUUUCAGCUGCAAUUGCAAAGGUACCGAUCGUUUUAGCUAACAGUGACCUUGACUUCAACACUCACAUCCAUCUAAGCUUACAUUUGUCUCUUGCGAUUACAAUGAAUCAAUAGAAAGUCGUGAGCUUAUGAAACUAGGAAGUUGGUCAUGGAUUAUUUUUCACUGACUUCAACAAAAGUUUGUUGCUCUAGUUGUUGGCUCCUUAAAAUGUCCUCUCCUUCAACUUGCAUUCGUUAUCAUGGCAACAAAAUGUAAUCAUUUUCAUUUUCAUGUUCUUUGUUCUUUAGUCACAAUUUCUUGAGACUGUUUUUGGGACAUGAUCCCUAAAGAAGGCCUCUCACCCAUAUAUAUUCCACUUUCUCAUCUGGGUUGCAGAUGCCUUUGUCUUCUUCCCUAUAAUAGUUUAUUUUAGUGAACGUUAUCUGCUGAAGCUGCUAAUCUGAUAGAGAUGCUGCUUUCACAGCUGCUGCUAAUUGUGUGUCUUUUUUAUUCAGACAAGAACAUAGACACCAUUUCAAUGGGUAGUUAAAGGGAUAGUUCAUCAUUUCUCAUUGUAUCCGUUUAACAGUAGUGUCAUAAACCACCCAAACAGAAAGCCAGUGCCUCAGAAAUGUAUUGAACUUAACUUUUUCACUUUAAUGCAGGUAAACAGUACGUUUUCUAUGCAUUAUAUUGGACAGUAUGCUGUUGGUGAGACAGAUGAAUCAUCAUAAUCUACAUGCAUAAACUUUGUCACUGUACAUUUAUAUUGAAUGUGUGGUCAUAUAUUGUGUUUUUGUUUCAGGCAGAAUCGAAUGUCAGGGCUAGCAGAACCUAUUUUUAAUAUUUUUUGAAGGCACAUUUGGAAUCAUCGCUUUGCUUGCAGGUGCACCAACAUCUUGUAUCACAUUUUUUUUUUUUCAUUUUCUAAAUGUCAUUUGAAAGGCUAAAAGACAACAAUGAAUGUCAUAGUGCUCAUUUGUAAGCAUCUUAUAAAUCAGUCCAAUUGUUACGAUUUAGAGGGAUGCAAAUCAGCAUCCGCAAUCUCUUUUUUAUCUUAUGCUGUUCACAAAUGCUAAAACAUUGACAAAGAAUCUGACUAAUGGUUAACAUAAUUCAAAAAGUUGUGUCAGAAUUUCUUUAAAUAUAUAUUUUUUAUUUCAUAUUUUUUGGAAUAAUGUGCACAGUGCGACCAAGACAAGAAUUCUAAGACAUGAAUAUGUAUUAGGAAAGUAAAUAAGGUCAAUUUGAAUUUAAUGUUGAUCUUAAGAAUACACUGGUACUGUCAUGUGAUUUUAAUUACAUUUAAGUUGUGAUAACUGUGGCACCUUGGUUUGAUUGCCUUUGGCCUUAAAUAUGUAUAUUCAUAGGCUGCUAUGAUUAAGACGUUGUAUAACUGUCCAUCCCAUAUUCUGAAAAAGACAGAAAGAAAAAAGAAAGAGACCUCUCCUAUUGCUUAAUUAUGCAAUACAGUGUCUGUGUGUGUGUGUGUGUGUGUGUGUGUGUGUGUGUGUGUGUGUGUGUGUGUGUGUGUGUGUGUGUGUGUGUGUG